UUCUACACGUUUUUUGUCUCUACAUUGGAGGCUGGCCAAGCCAGCUGCGCCUUGCGAUACGGCCUUUCCUUCGAGGGAUGCGGAUGACGCCAAGGCGUCUGGUCAUGUGACUGAGGGAGAGCGCUUCCUGGUUGGGUAAGGGUGAGUGGAAUGGCUGACAUCCCUGUGAGUCCUGGGGUUACUCCCGCCGGACCGAGAAUGGGACCCGGUCCUGCAGAAGGCGCCGACACACUUUUCGUGGCCCUGAGUGCUGGUUUCACGGUCCUCAGCCACCCGCUGCUCUACGUGAAGCUUCUGGUGCAGGUUGGGCAUGAGCCUCUACCUCCAACUAUUGGGAGAAAUUUACUGGGGAGGAAAGUUUUUUACCUUCCUGGAUUUUUUACGUAUGCCAGGCACAUUGUGGAAGUAGAUGGGAAAAUGGGUCUUUUCCGUGGUCUUUCUCCUCGUAUCAUCUCUAGCGUUUUAUCUACGAUAAACCGCGAACAAGUGAAGAAGGCCUUCCCGUUAGAAGAUAUGGAACAUGUUUCCAAUAAGGAUGAUAUGAAGACAUCUCUCAGGAAAGUGACAAAAGAGACUUGCCAUGAGAUGACGAUGCAAUGUGUAUCCCGAAUUAUUUCUCAUCCACUUCAUGUAAUAUCUAUGCGCUGUAUGGUCCAGUUCGUAGGACGAGAAGUUAAGUACAGCCAUAUAUUUAGUUCAGUCAAGACAAUUUGGAAAGAAGAAGGACUCUUGGGAUUCUUUGUAGGUUUAGUUCCUCAUGUCCUAGGAGAUCUUAUUUUUCUGUGGUGUUGCAACCUUCUGGCUCAUUUUAUCAACACUUACGCUGUGGAUGACAACUUCAACCAGGCUUCUGUCAUUCGGAGCUACACUAAAUUUAUGAUGGGGAUUGCUGUGAGCAUGUUGACAUACCCUUUUCUUCUUGUGGGUGAUCUCAUGGCAGUGAACAACUGUGGCUUUCUCUGCUAUGUAGGUUACUUGCAGGGCUCCCUCCAUAUGCCCCUGUGUUUUCUUCUUGGAUUCAUUGUUGGAGACAUCUUAGUUCUCAGGGGCAGCUCUUCAGAGGUUCCAGCCUACUUUUUCGUAGAGCAUCCAUACCAGCACCUUUUUCCGUUGACUAAUUUCAUUUGGGAGGCAGAAGCAAACUUAGAUUCUUGUAGAAGAGACUCUAAAACAGCUUGUUUUUACCAUUCUUUUUCAUUUGUAAAAUGAAAGGCUUUCAGCAGUAAGAACAGCUCAUUUCAGUAAGUUUGACAACCAAAAGGUCAGCUAUUUCUGGCCAAAUGUUGCUUGCCAGACAGUGCUGGUCAGGACUUGGAUCAAAAGGGCAGCCUGAAUAAUAACUUUUCAGCUUUUCAGGCAUAGUCAUGGCUUUGCAGGAUAUAAGAAGCUGAUUUACAUUUUUCUCUAAAUAAGAUGUAAGAUGGAAUGCAGAUUUCCCCCCUUUUGUACCAUUAGAGAAAACAGCUUAACCUUUAUCUCUUUAUCAGUUUUGGUUUUUGCCAUGUUAUUAGUCUACAUAUUAAAUCCAACUGAUGUUGGAAUACCUUUCAUUCCGAACAUUUAGCAAAACCACAAAAAAUUUUAAUACUGAUUUUUUUUUUAAUCAUGACAUGUAUAAACCUGAUGGUUUAGUUUUUAUAAUAUCUCUAGGCAUCUUAUUUUGCAUCAGCUAUUUUUUAAGUUAAAUAUUUGACAAAGGCACUUCUUAAGUAGGACCUUAAACCCUAAGAUAGAAUGGAUUAUUUACAUGGAUCUAGACAGAUUUUUUUUUUAUUUAGUAUUGAUUACAAAUUUAAGCUUGAUGCAGGUAGUUAUCGACUUAUGGCCACAAUUGAGACCAGAAUUUCCAUCGCUAAGCAAGGAAGUUAUUAAUUGAGUCGUGCUCAUGAUCUUUCUGCCAUGGUUGUUAAGUGAAUCGAUGCAAUUAUUAAGUGAAUCAUGUAGUUGUUAAAUAAAUCCAGCUUUCCCCAUUGACUUUUCUUGUUGGAAGCCAGCUGGGAUGGUUGCACACAGCAAUCAUAUGACACCAAAACUGGUUGCCAAGUCUCUGAAUUUUGAUCACCUGACCACGGGAUGCUGUGACAGUUAUAAAUGUGAGGACCAGUCAUAACUCACCUUUUUCAGUGCUGUUGUAACUUUGAACAGUCACUAAAUGAAUGUUUGUAAAUCAAGGAAUACUGUAUGUUGUGAUUUAGGAAGAAAUUCUGUGAUAAUGAAAACUGAACUACAGAGCCCUUAGUAUAGUGGUUCUCAACUUUCUAAAUACCGCGACCCUUUAAUACAGUUCCUCAUGUUGUGGUGACCCCCAAUCAUAAAAUUGGUGUCUCGGUUCCUAAGACC